CCCCCCCCCCCCCCCCCCCCCCCCCCCCCCCCCCCCCCCCUCACAAAAAAUACUAUUAAAUCUUCACGGAUUAGUAUUCACGGAGUGAUGAAUUAAUGAAGAUAAAAAAUUUUAGCUAAAAAUUUCAUUGCUGGGCCUUUUCUUAAAAAUUUAACCGUUUAAUUAAAGCUAAUUAUCCAACGUGAUUCUAGUGUACUUUGAUCGCGAAUUAUUUUUAGUUAUAAUCGCAUUUAAGAUAUUUCAGAAAAAGCUAUGCUGGGAUAUAGAUUAAUCAUUAAUCAAUCCUAAUUAACGCUGAUUACGGAUAAUUCAGCGAUUAAUAUUUUUUAUUUGCAAAUCAACAGUUUGAAAAUAAUCACACGAUACAUCAUUCGAAUUAGCUUUUCAAGCACUAUAAAACUGUGUAUUUGCUUUUCAAAAGAACAGGAUUUUGACUGCAUUAGGAAUUUUUUAAUUUGUGAUGAAAAUGGCCCAAAAGGGGUUAUUUCACUUAGUACUGAUUUUCACGUCGUUCUUGUACUUUCUUCUGAAAGUUAUCAUUGCUGGGGGAUUCAGCUCGUUCGCUAACCUAUGUUUUCGUGAUUUCAGAAGCUCCCAAAGCGAAGAAUAAGGCAGUCUCAGGGCUUCGGAAAAAACGUUCGAAGCUCCGAAACGGAAGUAAACAAAGUGAAACCUUUGUUUAGAUCUAACUUUGUAGAAGACACUUUGGACUAUCUAUCUAUGAAAAAAAUCGAUUUCUUGCUGUGUAAGAUUUUUGAUCUAUAAACUGGUUUUUAAACUUUAUGAGUGAAAAUUUUCAAGAAUAUGUUUAUGACGCUCUUGUAUUCAAAAUGGAUCAAAAGCACUAAAGUUGGUUCUAAUGAACGGAUAUUUUAAGCUGAUAUCAACGAAUGAGAGACAGGUUUUGGACCAUCAAAUGCUAUUUGGAUUCCUCGUUUAUUUACCAUAAGAAAUCUUUAGAACAAAAACGGAAAAAAAACAACAACAAGACUAACCGAAACAGGUGAAUUGCUCUUGCUUAAAAUUCUCCUCUCAAAGGAACAGUAUUUGAUAGUGUACCGUAGUGUUAUUGAAUAUAUUCUUUCAACUAAAAGGUUUAUGAUGUGCAAUUUGGUCUGCAUCUCUUAGCACAAUCGAUCCGAUCGUCUUCCUUUCUUCUCCUUUUAUGUCUUUUUUUCUUUCUGUUUCUUAUCUUUAUUAUGUAUUUGCAUUCUUUCUCUGCUAUUUUCCUUAGUAUUUUUUUCAUUUUUAUUGGCUAGGCAGAACGAUAAUAAUGGAGCUUUGCAAGUCUUUUUCUCAAUAUGCUAUAGUUUUAUUACUACUUGUGAAGUCAUUCAUUCUUUUCUUAUUUAGUUUUCUUUCAAAAUGAUGAUGAUAAUGCAAAUGAAAAGGAAAUUAAUAGCAACUACAAUAUAACAAUAUUGGUUGAAAAGUUACCAGCAACACAUGACAAUACCGCCGAUAAUGCAAAAAAAUAUAUUAUCAAGCGGAAAAAUAUUGUACAAUUACGUUUCAAGACAGUAAAACAGGGGCGUGUGCCAUUACCAGAUGUUGGGUUGUCUCCAUUGUCUACUUUGACAGAUUCAACAAGUGCUUGUGUAACAUCAGCAUAUACAAAUUUAUGUCGUAUUACAGAAAGGGUUCAUCUUAAAGCUGAAAUACAUAUAUUUAAUACGUUAAAGACAGACAUAGUUAUCAGGUUCGGUACGUUCAAUUUUAAUGCACAAACAUCAACAAAAUGUCGAAAUAUGAAACAAGGAGUUAAAAGAUCACAAGAAAGAUGA